UAAGACAGAUGAUUUUCAACACUAUUUCAGUGUGUACAUCGAGAUUUGGCUGCAAGAAACGUGCUACUUGGAAAAACCUUGAUUCCCAUGGUAUCGGACUUUGGACUAUCACGUGACAUCUAUGAAAGUGAACUGUAUGAAGAUGUGAAGGGGGGUAAAAGACCAGUUAGAUGGAUGGCACCUGAAUCUAUUGAAGACUAUACUUGUACAUCAAAGAGCGAUGUGUGGUCAUAUGGCGUCACUCUAUGGGAGAUCGAAACAGCAGGUACUGUACCUUACGCUGGUGUGGAUAGUGGUAUGGACAUCCUGAACGAAAUCAAAAAAGGCUACCGACUUGAACAGCCGAAUGAUUGUGACGAUGAUGUGUAUGCACUUAUGUUAGACACGUGGAGGGCAAAUCCCCUUGACAGACCAUCGUUCUUUGAAUUAGACGAAAGAGUUGAACAAAUGCUGGCUGGAAUUUCGGUAAGUUACUUUGGCUCACUCAUAAUUAAUACUAAUCGAUGGUCACUGGCUGAUUAG